CAAAAAAUAAAAGUUGCUUUAACGUCACCGUCAGCAGCGGGACACCGAUUUCGAUCGCAAGUAAACGCAUGUGAAGGGAUCAUUUUCUUUGAGAAGAUGUUGAAAAAAAAAAAAUAGUGUUGCAAAUUGCAAACAACGCGUUUAGAGACGCGUGACCAAGUUUCUGUGUGUCAUUUUAACUUAAUCUAUAGUUUAUGAGAAUUCUUUUUCCUAAUUUUGGGCUUAACGUACAUCUUCAACUCCACCACACUAAAACUUUUCCUAUCCUCUCUCCCCAAAACCACACACAACUUUUCUCUCCCUUCAUAAUUUUUUCUUAUCAUAAUAAUCAAAUUCAAAUCACAUGUGCACAAAUUAACAUGCUGGACGAACUAAGAGUAGAGAGCUAUAGAAUUCCAUGGUUGAUUUGGAUUCAAUUAAUAAUCCUCUUUCUCCUCCUUGCACUCUUUUAUUUCUUCACUGUCUUAGAUUCCGACCACCGUGACGCCACCACCGCCACCCACAUGUUCCCGGAAAUUGCAUCCACCACCGCUAAAGGCUUCUUUUUCGAUGAGAUUCAACAGAUUGACAAACCACUGAUAACAAACCAUCAUUCAACUGCCCCUGUUUCAACUUACUUUCAACAACAGAUUUCGCAGCAGGGUGAAGAGAACCUAACUAUUAAAGGAGAGAUAGGAACAUGUUCAAGCUUGAGAGGCGAAGAGAUUAUGGAGGGGGAGUCUUCAACAUUGAAUUUCCACCCUUGCCAUUAUUUCCAAUUAGCCACAAUUGCAUUUCUCAAAUGUUUUGGCCUUGAUUCCACGUUUGAUUCGUCGUCAAAUCGAAAACGUAGAAAAAGAAAAGAAAGUUGAGUACCAAAAUUAUGUUAUUGUUCGAUAUCAUUUGUGGAAUAAAAAAAAAGAAAAAGAAGAAAGGUUGUCAUUUUACACCGUUGCUUUAUCGAUUUUAUAUCUUUGCUUACGAAAAAAUGCUUAUUUCAUAUGAUAA